AUGUUACUAAUAGAGCCGAAUAAUCUCUCUGUUACGUUGUUCAAAUUCGUCGAUCUAUGCUAUCGUUUUGGUGAAGGGCUUCUGAUAUUGGUCGUUAGUUUGAUGGAAGGGCCUGAUCAAUUGGCUACAAUGGGGGCUGAUUUAGGAUCAUUGGUUGGAAAGAUGAAUACUACUACACUUAGCACCUCAGAGUACGCUUCCAUUGUUAAUAUGAAUCUGUUUGUUGCUCUUCUUUGUGCUUGUAUCGUGAUUGGCCAUCUUUUGGAGGAGAGCCGGUGGAUGAAUGAAUCUAUCACCGCCCUGUUCAUCGGUCUAUGCACUGGUGCUAUUAUUUUGUUAAGUACUGGAGGAACAAAUUCACAUCUGUUUGUCUUUAGUGAAGACCUUUUCUUCAUUUACCUUCUUCCACCGAUCAUCUUCAAUGCAGGGUUCCAGGUAAAGAAGAAACAGUUUUUCCGCAAUUUCAUGACCAUUGUGCUAUUUGGUGCUAUUGGCACUGUAAUAUCCUUCACCAUCAUCUCAUAUGGGGCUAUAAACAUUUUCAAAAGAAUGAAUGUUGGCUCUCUUGACCUAGGAGAUUUUCUUGCCUUAGGUGCAAUCUUUUCUGCAACAGAUUCUGUUUGCACUUUGCAGGUGCUGAAUCAAGAUGAGACCCCUUUAUUGUACAGUUUGGUGUUUGGGGAAGGGGUAGUGAAUGAUGCCACAUCAGUAGUGAUCUUUAAUGCAGUCCAAAACUUUGAUCUAAGUAGGAUCACAACAAGUGAUGCAUUUCAGUUAGUAGGAAAUUUCUUCUAUUUAUUUGUCACAAGCACAGUCUUAGGAGCUGGUGCUGGGCUGCUAAGUGCAUAUAUUAUAAAAAAAUUAUACUUUGGAAGACAUUCAACGGAUCGAGAAGUUGCUAUCAUGAUUCUAAUGGCUUAUAUGUCAUAUAUGCUAGCUGAAUUAUUCUAUUUGAGUGGCAUUCUGACAGUAUUCUUCUGUGGAAUUGUAAUGUCCCAUUACACUUGGCAUAAUGUUACAGAAAAAUCGAGAGUCACUACCAAGCAUGCCUUUGCAACAUUGUCGUUUAUUUCAGAGCUUUUUAUCUUUCUUUAUGUUGGUAUGGAUGCUUUGGAUAUUGAAAAAUGGAACUUCGUACAAGACAGCCCUGGAAAAUCAAUCGGAGUGAGCUCAAUUUUACUGGGGUUAGUUUUGGUUGGAAGAGGAUGCUUGGUUUUCCCCUUAUCAUUUUUAGCCAACUUAGCAAAGAAGAAUGCACACGAGAAAAUUACUUUUAGGCAGCAAGUUUUGAUUUGGUGGGCUGGUCUUAUGAGAGGUGCUGUCUCCAUGGCCCUUGCUUAUAACCAGUUCACAAGGCUAGGUCACACACAGUUGCGUGGGAAUGCAAUCAUGAUAACAAGUACAAUCACUGUAGUCCUUUUCAGUACAGUGGUUUUUGGAUUGAUAACAAAGCCUCUAGUGAGGCUAUUGCUACCUCCAUCAAAAAAUAUGUCGCGAAUGGCUUCCUCAGAGCCAACGAGUCCAAAAUCGUUUGUGGUCCCGCUUUUAGGAAAUGAGCGGGACCCGGAAGCUGGAGGGGGUCAAGAAGCAACAUCGGUGCUCCAUCCAGCGAAUCUACGUGUGCUUCUUUCAACACCUUCUCAUACGGUUCAUUAUUAUUGGAGAAAGUUUGAUAAUGCUUUUAUGCGUCCUGUUUUUGGGGGUCGUGGUUUUGUCCCGUAUAUUCCGGGGACACCUACGGAACAAAGUGUUCAUAAUUUGAUCCCUGAAGGGGGGAAUAACUGAAAAAACAAAACGCCUUUUAAUUUUAUUUAUUUUUCGGAUAUUAUAUAUGGUGCUGGAUUUGUUGUUUUAUAGGGCAGACUUAAAGGAGGCAAUUAAACAGAUAGUCAAGUGAAGUGAGUGAUGGUUUGAUUCAAUUUUGGUUUUGUAAAUUAUGUUGUUGU